AUGGAUCCUACCGAGCGUCUACCACCAGAGAUCUGGAGAGAGAUCAUCUGGAAUCUCCGUAAGCCAUAUCAUCAGGGGAUAAUAUGCGGACUACGAUGGAAAGAGAAUGCUGAGCCUCAGCGCCCUUGUCACUGUAUCACGGCGCUGGCAGCAGUCAUCGAACCAUUCCUGUUCAAAGACCUACACUUGAGAAUAGAUAAAGUCCUUGGAUUCAAAUGUAUCAUAUUCCUGACACAACAAAGACUCUCAUAUAUUCGAAGUGCUGCGGUCAAGUGCGGUCUUGCUAGCCAUAUAUGCAAACGAUCGAAGCGAUGCACGCAAGGCCCUGGAGACUGCGCCUUUCGUCAACAUCACCUGAAAGAUGAAAUCGAAUUUAAUGACAUCGUAUACAAGAUCUUUGGGAUCCUCAAAGAUCUCCCACGUCGAGAGAAGCCUUACAUGGACAUGAUCUUUGAGAUGCCACGGAUCGGCUUUGGCGUCACGUUUACGCAAAAAGGAUGCAGCCUUGCAAGGUCCUUGGAUUUGAUACCUUUGUCUGUGCAAACGUUGCUUAUUGACUACCAGCGGGAGAUGAUUGUAGACCAGACAUUUAAUCCUCCAAGCCUCAUCCCCAUUGGUUCAAAUAGAGAGGCUUUUGCCGAAGCGAUGCGACCACUUGCCCCGAGACACGGUAUCCGAGAAAUCACCCUUCUUGCAAGCAUCAACAUCGCCAUGUUCCAACCUACGACGGAAAAUCCUUGCUGGCCGAUCCCCAAGAGUUUCACAUUCGCAUUUUACAACGUUCUUCAGUCCUAUCAGUGGGUAGUCACAGGCGAAAACCCUUUGUCGGCAGAAGAGGAAGAGUGUGAACGACAAGAGACCCGUGAAUGGGUGGGUGGUUUGCAUUACUGCCCCCCAGGCUGCGAGAUAGAAAAUAGCUUCAAAUCCUACAUGAGAGAGGGAACCAUGGAUCGCUUUCUUUUGGCGGCGGCACAGGCUGUUUGCCAUAUGCCCAAGAUAAGAAAACUCUCGGUUCGACAUGUUUUCGAUCCUGCCGGUUUUAAAGAGGAUAUAUUGCGUGGGGUUUAG